AUGUGUGAUUAAAAACGAAAAAGACUACUUACCUAUGACGAUAUGGAUAACUAAAAUAUAAUCCCUAGAGCACCUCUCAUUAAACCAUUAAAAGAUUCUUCCAUUUUAAUACCAGAACUAUAAUUAGCUUAUGAAACCCCAAAUUGCUUUAAGAAUCUGCCACUCACAAUCAUCCCUGAAGAUGUCAAACUAGAAGGUUUCUAAAUUCCAUCAGUGGGCAAACACAUUAAAAAGAGACAAAGAUUUCAAAGCGAGAAUCUUCGUCCCACAGUCAUCAGUAUGAUGGAAAGACAAUUAUUAAAUAGAAAUUCUUCUAAAUUGUAAAUAGAAAGCCAUAGAUAUUGA